AAAACACGCCCAGUGAUUGGUUAGGUGGCGCAUGGCGAUACACGGAAGUACUGAGCUGCGCAGCGUGCAUGAUUGAAAUCUCAUAUCUAAAGUAUGGAACCAAAUAAUGACGGGAGCUUGGAUCAGGUCCGGCAUGUCGUCCUGAUCUUGUCCGGGAAAGGAGGCGUGGGGAAGAGCACCAUCACCACAGAGUUAGCUCUGGCUCUCAGGCAUGCUGGUAAGAAGGUAGGCAUCCUGGAUGUUGACCUGUGUGGGCCCAGUAUCCCCCGCAUGCUGAAUAUGGGCAGGCCUGAUGUGCACCAGUGUGAUUCAGGAUGGGUGCCUGUCUAUACAGGCGCAGAUAAGAGCCUCGCCCUCAUGUCCAUCGGCUUCCUGCUGGAGGACCCCGAUGAAGCAGUGGUGUGGAGGGGACCCAAGAAGACGGCUCUGAUUGGCCAGUUUGUGUCAGAUGUAGCGUGGGGAGAGCUGGAUGUGCUGCUAGUGGACACACCACCAGGGACGUCUGAUGAGCAUUUAGCAGUAUUGGAAAACCUUAAAAAACACAGAGUGGAUGGAGCCAUUCUGGUCACCACACCUCAGGCAGUGUCAACAGGGGAUGUGAGGAGAGAGAUCACUUUCUGUAAGAAGACUGGCGUUCGGAUCCUGGGCAUCGUCGAGAACAUGAGCGGCUUUGUUUGUCCACAUUGUUCAGAAUGCAGCAACAUCUUCUCAAAGGGUGGCGGUGAAGAGUUGGCCAAGCUGACUGGAUCGGUCUUCCUAGGUUCUGUGCCCUUGGAUCCUCUGCUCAGCUCGAGCAUAGAGGAGGGCAAAGACUUCCAACAGUUGUUUCCUGACAGUGCCACCUUCAGUGCUAUCAGCAGUAUUUCUCAGAUUCUUCUGAACAGCCUCCAAACUGCUUAAGCCAUCAGUUUCUUUUUGGAUUGUGUUGUUGUGAAAAGUCCUGAUUAAUGCAGAUGUAAUGAUUUCUGUUUUGAUAUUCAUCUUGUACAGUUGAACAUCGUAUAAAGCCUUUUACUUAUCA